UGACAAUGCGUCACUCAAUCUGACAAUCUCGAAGUUUUCCGAAGAGUUUGUCCUGUUUUCAAUUUGAUAAACAGUUCCAUUUUCGAAAACACAAAAAGGAUGGUGGGCGCGAUGCCUGUUAAUAUAAUACCAAAAUUUUACAACGACACGAUCGGUGGUUGUAACGGUAUGGAAGAUGAAAUACAAGUGUCUAUCGGUAGCAGGGUAAAGAGUGGUGAUGAUUUUGGCACAGUGAAAUAUAUUGGUGAAGUGCAGGGUUACAACGGUAUAUGGUACGGAGUAGAAUGGGAUGAUGUUGCCAGAGGAAAGCAUGACGGUUUUGUUGACAAUAUCCAGUAUUUUAAAACAACGAAAUCAAAUGCUGGGUCUUUUGUUCGUCCUAAUAAGAUAUCACCUCUGAGGACUUGCGCUGAUGCCAUUCGAAAAUAUUACGGUGAUCGUGAGGAUGAAACUGUAGCUGCUCAUCGUAGAACCGUAAUUAAUGAGUGGAAGAGAGAAAUGGGGGCACCAUUUAUUGAAAUGGUUGGCUUUGAGAAGAUACAUCAGAAGCAGAAAUUUGACCGUCUCCAAGAAGUUUGUGUACAUGAUCAGAAUGUGUCGACCGCUGGUGACGUCGCCUCCCUCUGUCCGAACGUCCGCAGUCUAGAUAUAUCCCGGAACUUGUUCUCUAACUGGCGUGAAGUGAUACAGUUGUCAGCUCAGUUGCCUGACUUGAAGGAAUUAGAUGUCAGCAAAAAUCGUAUGGCAAUAGACAUGUCUGAAGAAACACUAUCCCAGUUAUCUAUUAACUUUGCCAGCCUUGAGAAACUUAAUAUAUCAGUGUGUGACUAUGAGUGGUCAGAUAUUUUAGUGUUGUCACACCUUUGGCCGAAAAUAAAUGAAAUUAUAGCUGCGUAUAACAGAAUUAAAAAGAUAACACCACCCGAAGUGACAUUACGCACUUUAACUAUAUUACGUUUAGAUGGCAACCCUAUAGAUUCAUGGAAUGAAGUGAACAAUCUCGGCAGAUUGAAAAAUUUAAAAGUACUCAGUUUGAACGAUUGUGAAAUUUGUGAAAUAAGAUUCAAUAAUGACCCUGGGAAUGGAAAAAUCAAUAUAUUUGAUAAUUUGGAAGUUUUAUUCUUGAACAGGAAUAAAAUCAAUGAUUGGCGAUCAAUAAGCGAGUUGGAUAAAUUGAAAAAUUUGAAGAAGUUAUAUUUCUUAAAGAAUCCAAUACAAAAUAGUGAAGAUUACGACACUACUUCACAACUUGUUAUCGCUAAAGUUGGCUCUUUGCAGGAAUUGAACGGAUCAAUAAUAACUAGGGAACUCCGGAGAGGUGCGGAGUAUGAUUAUCUUAAACGAUACGGAGCAGAAUGGAAAGUAGCUCAGCAAGAUGCUGUACAAAAACUUGCUUUUGAUAUUGAACAUUGUAGAUUUCAAGAACUAAUUGAUAAAUACGGCAUACCAGAUGACAGCUUGUUAGUCAAACAAGUGAGGAAUACGACAUUGACAUCACAACUAUUAGAAAUUCUAUUACGCGAUGAAAACGGAAAAAUAUUAAAAAAGAAAUUCCCAUCCACUAUGGCUGUACAAAAACUGGUAACACUCGCACAAAGACUGUUUUCGAAGACUGGCAACACUGGUACACCGACCCUAAAUCUUUUAGACGAUCAAAUGAAAGGUGCAGAAAUACCUUUGGACAAUGUUAUGAAAGAUCUUGCGUAUUAUUCUAUAAAAAAUGGCGAUACAAUCCUUGUUCGGUUCAGAUAAUGUGGAAAUUUGAAGUUUUACAUGGCAACACUAAACGCACGUUUCCUUUAUUGGCUUAUUAUAUUACAAAUUAUUUCUAUUGUUCAAUUAUUUAAC